GAGCCUGGCAGCUAGACGGGGGCCGCAGCGCUGCGCGGUUUUCCUUUCCCCUCCUCUCUUUUUCUCUCUCCUCCCGUGCCUUAGCAGAUGGGCAUCUGUAGAUUGUCAGCAUUUCUGGGCCAUACCUCUACUGCAUAUGAUGAAUGAGGCAGGAGCGCAGACUGGAUACAACUGGUCUGUUACGAGGUGGCGCUUCAUAUUUCACUAUGGACCAGUUUGAAGAUGUAUCAGAUGGUGAAGUGGAUCAUGCUUUCUUUGACAGUGAUUUUGAGGAGGAGAAAAAGAAAGCAGAAGAAAAUGGUGAAUGUAUAGAAAAAGGAAGUACAAAGGCAGCUCUUGCAGACCCUGAUUUGGUUUCUAAUUCAAAGGAUGCAAACUGUUGUGAGGAGGAAGAUGAAGAAAAGCAGAAAAAUUUGCACAAGGAUCAGUCCCUAGAAAAUAGCACAGAUCAUCUUGGAGAUGAUACUUCUUUGUCACUUUUUCCAGUUGUGGAGAAUGCAGGUACAUCUGGAGCAACAUCUGCAGCAUGUAGGGGAAUGCAGGAGAAUGUUCCUGCUGGAAUCCCCAAAAUAGUUAAAGAAGGUGAAGAUGAUUAUUACACAGAUGAAGAAGAUAGUAGUGAUGAUGGCAAAAACCAGAAGGUUAGACCAAAGUCAGCUAAGCAGUCAAACAACAUAAAAAAGACUAGCAAAAAAUACACUAAUAUCAGCUCCUCCUCCUCCUCCUCCUCUUCUUCCUCCUCAUCCUCAUCCUCAAGCUCAGAUACUGAUUGUUCUGAUACAGAUUCCGAUAGCUGUUUAUCAGAUUCAUCUCAUUCUUCCUCCAAGAAGAAUGCUUGUAGGAACGCUCUUUUGUCUCCAAAACAAAAAUUCAAGUCAGCAAUUAAAUUAGCAGAAGGAAAACCAAAGCUUGGUGACUACUUGGAGGAGUCUGAAGACACAGUGACUGACGUAACACCUCUGUCAACUCCAGACAUCAGUCCUAUCCAGUCUUUUGAACUAGCAGCAUCAAAUGAUAAGAAACUAAAGAUAAAAAGGCAGGAAAAUGUGAACCAAGAAUUAUAUGAUUCCGAGUUUGAUCGCAGAUAUAGUCGAAAAGUCCUGCAUGAUGCCAUGGACCUGAAUCAGCUUUUGAAAGCUUUCCUACAGUUGGAGAAAAAAGAACAAAAACUAACCAUCGAUCAGCCAUCUAAAGGAACAAGGAAAAAUUAUUCUUUCACAAAUGAAGAAGUAAGACAAAUUGAUCGGGAAAACCAGAGGUUGCUAAAAGAACUGUCCAGGCAGUCUGCAAAGCCAAGAAGAAGCACCACAUUGAAGAAGUCAGCUGUACCACCUCCUAAAUUGUACCACAGUGCCCUCAACAGGCAAAAAGAGCAGCAAAGAAUUGAAAGAGAAAACCUGGCUUUCCUGAAAAGACUGGAAGCAGUGAAACCAACAGCUGGUAUGAGGCGUUCUGAACAAUUGAUGGACUAUCAGCGCCAGAUGAGUUAUCUGAAUUCUUCACCAUCUUUAAGAAGAGGAAAAUCUUCUUUCAGCCAGCUUAGUCCUUCCAGAGGCAUUUCAAGAGCAUCCGCUGUACCAAGUACAAUGAGCCAGAGGAAUGAAAAACCCGUGUCUGAUUCAGCCAGUGGGGCAUUACAGAGACCUAAACCCACUAAUGUUCGUGCUGCGUGGUUAUAAGUGCAUUCUUUGCCUUGCAUUCUGAGAUGAUCCUCAGACUUCUAUUUUUAGUGCUUUUGUAACUUCUUUGUGCAAAAAUAUUUCCGGUAUUGUUCAGUCCAUCGUAUAUGAUAUAAUCGUUUAUAAAGUGGUUUUAACUGAACACUUCCACUUCAGUCAGUGUUUUCCAUGACAGUAAGAGCUUAUGAAAGAGAAGGAGGCAUUUAAACAGACAAGUUACUUAUUAUUUUAGUCUCAAAUUAUAAGUGGAAUUUGUAUCCAUAACAUGGAAGGACAGAACUGCUGCACUAUAGGUGCAAGAUGUAAAGAAAAACUUUAAAAUAAAAGUAUUGCAUUAAACUCCUAAGCAUAUGCUUAAUUCCUAGAUUGUCCUUGCUUUUCAUCCUUGCGUUAGGUAAGCCUUCUGAACUUUGCGGGUCAUGUUCUCGUGACUGAAAGAGUCUUUUUACAGCAGCAUGGAGGGGUGAAAAGCAGAUGUGUAUUCCUGCAUGGUUAGGUGGAAUACUGAGGCUGCAGAAGAUGUUGUUCUGGCACUCUUGUACUCCAGGUGUUGAACGUUUGUUUUGUCCUCAAGGCUGUGUCUCUUCCAGAUUUAAAAGAACUUUGGAAGUUGUAUUGGGACAUUUGUGUAGGAAAGAAGC